UUUAAAACAUCACAACGACAGCCACCGUUGACUUCAUUCAUGUUGAAACGCGAGUUGACGUGAAAUCGACGUAGAAGUAAUGGGGUGCACGUGGAGUUGCCUUCGAGAUGCGAAACCGGUCGGAUUCGAUGCAGGCGACAAGUUGGAGUCUGACGUCAAUCUAGAUGAGGAUGACGGAGAACUAACGCUGGAAGCAGUCGAACUGAUUCUCAAAGGGUCGUAUAAAGAAAAACGUGUGAGGUUCGGUCGUGACGACUUCUUCAAGGCAGUGCGUCUGAUUCCCGGUUCUUCCGUCCCGUCAGCGUUUACCCUCAUACCUCGAGCAGAGUUCGGAAACGAUGCGCCAUCUGUUCCCGGAUUGGACAAUUCUAUGAGACCGAAGCGGGAAACGUCACAACAAGCCAGUGGAAAUGUCGACGGUGGUAAAGACGCUGCAGCACACGAAAACACCGCCAGUCUAAAACAGCGACAUCCAACUUCAGGAAACUUUAUUAAUAAAAACGAGGUUGCGCGCUCAACUGCAACAGGCAAACCUAACCAGUCCAUCGCUAGUGAAGUAUCCACUAAAGGGAGUGGUAACCUAGAGAGGAACCACGAAGGUCAGAAAAGUUACCCUACACCUUUGCACAUCUCAAAAAAUAACAAGAGAGAUCUAAAAGAGCCAUUGCAUGCUCGUUCGCAGCCAAAGAAGAAGAGUAUCAGUGCGUGUGUUGACACUUCCAGCUCGUUAAGAGCAGAGAAGAGUCCACUCGCCGAGGUAUUUGAACCACCUAGCAAAUCAAAAGAAUGUGUGUCGGCCAUGUCACGAAAACCUGAACCCAAACAACAACUCAAUGACAAGACAACGAGCGUAUUGCCUCAAGAAUCAAAGCAACUAUCGAACUGCGUAGAUUUACAAACCAAUAGGGAUGAUAUCGUGGCUGCUCACACUUCUCUCGAAGUGAAAGUCAGCGACGCUGGUUCUGGUCGAUCAACAACAGAAGAGACUGGCGAUACAUCAAAAUUAGCAUCGAAGGGCACGGGUAAGGCAAGUGAGUAUCAGGCGAAUCGUCGACGUGUUGUCAAAGCAACAUCAGCAGGAGGAAGGCGAAGAUACGAGCAACGCAAGAGGAAGAAAUGAAGAUGUGUAUAGAGAACAAUGCUAUGCAUGUGAUGCAUGGUUCUAGGUGCAGCCACAACAAACCGUUGCGUGUGCAAAUAGGGCGGAAAGUAUGAAUCAUAUCCGAGUUUUGCUGUCAUGCCUGUAAAGCUUAGGCACCUGGAUCGAGACACGUUUAUGUAUUGAUGACUCUACAGCUCUUGUCACGCAGAAGAGUAAAGUAUUAGACAUGCUUGCAUGCUUGUUGGUAAAUAACAGUUGCAUGGAUCUCAGCGUACUAGCUGGUAUACACAAUGAAGGAAGCAGUGUGAAAAUACAAUAAACAGUAGUGCAGUAUACAGCGGUUCUAUUGUCAUGCCGAGAUAUCAAAACAUAUUUAACGUUU